AUGAAGGAAGCCAUGAGUUCACUGCAUGAAGUUUUGAAUAAACCACAAGUGGUAGAAGACGAUUUCGAUCGGUAUGGCAAGAUUCUUGCCAAUAAGCUUCGUAAGCUAUCUGAAUCAGAAAGCUUAAAAAUCAUAUAUGAAAUAGAUGGAUACUCUGCACGGCCUUCACCGAUUUACACAUCGUGUUCAGAACCAACACAACGACUUCAAUUAUCACAUCCGAAUACAUCACCAACAUAUUAUGUACGGCCUGGAUCGUCAUGUACCUCAUACUCAGAACCAGACAUGUCAGCAACACGUUCUUCCUCAGCCGUUUUCAAUACAAAUACCAUACAAAUUUUGUCUAAUGAGAUUGUGAGCCCACUAACAGAUGACAUUCUCGGUCAAGCAUUUCACCAAGCA